AAAUAAAACUAAUCAAAACCCACCCACAAGACCUUACUUCAAAAUCUUGUCUGGAAGUUUCGGAUUCUCGCCUUCUGAUCCAUCUGGGUUCUCUUCUUUUGUUGAUUUAUGAGUUAUUUUUUUCUCUGUCGAUCAGAGGUCAAUGGCUAUGUCGGUUGCACCAGUUGAGAGUUUGGCAUCACUGAGCAGCGAUCUCUUUUAUGACAUACUGAGGCGUCUUGAUGGCCCAACUUUGGCCAGUGCAGCAUGUUCCUGUGCCGCCUUUUGUUCCAUAUCAAAAGAGGAGAAAUUAUGGGAGAACGUAUGUUCUUCUAUGUGGCCUUCAACCAGCAGGGAGGAUGUCAAAAAUUUAAUAUCUUCUAUUGGGGGGUUUAGAAAGUUCUAUGCAGAUUGUUUUCCCCUUAUUGUUAACAAGGAGGUUACAGAAUACCAUUGGAAUAAAUAUCUUGAGUACCCAGAAGAGUGGACUGAAGCGGAAUACUAUGGUGAUAUGGAUGAAUUCGAAAAUAUUUCACCAUCAGAUUUUGUUUCUGUUGUAGAUAUCAGAUAUAAAGAUAAACCAGUAUGUUCAAAAGUCCUGUGGGGCAUUCCUAAUGCUAAUGGAUUCAACGGUUGGUUCUAUAACUGCCCAUUCCGGAUCGAUCUUCUUACCUUUGCAACUAGAGAUGAUGACUCUGAUAGUGAAGUUACUCUUUCGGUUUCUGAUGGUCUUCCUCCUAUUUCCUCGAUGGAAAAAGAAAGGAAAGAUGGGAAGCUAUGGAAAGAGCUUUGUGAUGGACUCCGGCUUAGUUGGAUUGUUGUAAACAAAAAGAUAAAGCAAGCUGCUAAUCUUUCUAGCUGGAGUCCUCUUGGUGGGCAAAGGCAUUGGCCGACAGACAAGGAUUUCGUGAUACGCUUUGGAUCUGUUCUUCCCGCCAAAGACAUUCUUCCAUGUCAAGUUGUGGAAUGCAUCCUAAUUAUGAAGUUCAGAGUCAUCCGUACUGAAGGAGAGGGUGUUCAAACAACCCUCAAGUUAACAGAGUUGAGCAUGCAGUUGGAAGAUAUGGAAGGUGCUCAUGUUAAUGGAAGAAACAGUUUGCUCAUUCUCAAGGAAGCCCUGAGCUGCUGUCGGAGCAAAAACUACAGUGAAGUUCUGGAGUCGUGUCACUUGUACUCAAAAGUGCAAAGCGAGUUUAAAGAGGAGAAGAUGAGGAAUGAAAGCAGGUUAGACAGACUCUGUAUCUUGAGUGGCAUAGCUGCAUUCAUCUCUUUCUGCUACUACAUUUUGUAAAUGAAUGUGCUCUCUUUUCUUUUUAACACAUAGCUGAGAAUGGUCUAACAAACUUUUACCAUUUUGUACUCUUUUGAUGUAUAAUUCAAUUUUGCUUCAACUAAUAAAAGUUUUACUUGUUUGACCUGAAAACUU